CUCCUUCCUGAGAAUACCCACUUUCAUUCUCCUCCAAGCUCACAAAAAAGAAGAAGGAUGAACAGCGGAGUGUGCGUGUGUGUGAUCCUGGCUGCACUUUCUGCCUCCUGUUUGGGUCGGCCCCGCUCCUCUGAUGACAGCGCUCUCCCCUCGCAGCUGGACACCAGUUUAAGUGAUCGCCACCGGCUCGUCCGCUCCACCAGCCUCACCCUCAAACAGCAGUCGGCAGACACAGACCCAGACACCCGUGCCAACCUCAGCGAACUGCUGGCCAAACUCAUCUCCAAAAAAGGUUCUGUUCGUCGCAACUCCUCCAUGAACAACAGAGCAAACAGCAUUAACCACCGGAUAAAAGAUCGGGAUUAUGUGGGCUGGAUGGAUUUUGGCCGACGGAGUGCUGAGGAAUAUGAAUACUCAUCAUAAAAUCCAUAUAUCACACGGUUGCUCAUCCACAAAUAAAGAGUAUAUUUAUUACUACUAUUGUUAUUAUUAUUCUAAUGUACAUUUGUUAAGAAACCAGUAUAAUGCAAUAUACACAUACGCCUAAUUUUGCAAAAAAAGACAAAAAAAGUCUCGAAGUAUUGUUGUUGGUUUUCAGUCUUGUCAUUUUAUUUGAUUUUAUUUGUCACGUAUGCGGUGGCUUUUGCAUAAAGAGAACCAUUAAGCUGAUGUGCUUUGUCAGAUUCAUGAAACUACAGUUUUCAAUAAAUCAGGUCAGCAUUCAACUUUGGCCUUAAAUC